CGAGUGAGCAUCUCCGACACGGCAACAACUGCUGUGCCCUAUCUGUCACCAUCUGCCUUCUUCACCUUAUUGCCAGUUCGCAUCCAUGGUUAAUAAGGCGUCGUAUGCUGUUCAUGAGUGUUGUAUCGUUGAUUGAUGGGUCGACCACUGGUGUACUGAUGUCUCCUCGGUAUGGCGGAUACCAAACUGCAACACCGCCGCCAUACUACCCAAAAGCAACUUACGCAACGACCAGUUACUGCACCGAGGUCUACAAGUACUACACUACUAAGGCAUCGGAGUUUUGUACCAUAACUUACGCUGCCCCGAGCCACUACACUGACGCCCUGAAGUGUUACUCUGCCCUUAGUUACUGCACCACCAAGGCGACGGAGUACUACAUGUCUACGCAUGCUGCCCCAUCCUACUACAACGAUUCUCCUAACUGCUACACCGAGGCUCCCGCUGAUUACUCUACCAAAAAGGGUCGAAUACUACACCGAAGCGCUGCAUUCCUCAUCGUGUAA